CCGUCCCUGAACAACACACUUCAAUCUUUUCUCUUCUUAAAUACCCAUUGUACUUCAGUUCGCUGAGUAUUCAUUAAAAACAAUUUACUACUGCAAAAUAUGGCAACUCACAAUAUCGUGGUAUUUGGUGGUGAUCACUGUGGUCCUGAGGUAAGAUUAUGCUUGUUUACUGGUUUCUGAGUAUGAAAUAGCUGUUUGCGGAGAGAAUAUGGGGCAUGAAAUUAAGCAUAUAACACCAUCAAGAGAUACAAAUUGAACAUCGAGGGAAACCUGCUAAUUCAUUUUCGCAUAUAGGUUGUGGCAGAAGCUAUCAAAGUCCUGAAAGUUGUAGAAAGCGAUAGACCAUCAGCCGGAAAGUUCAAUUUCCAAGAACAUCUCUUGGGCGGUGUAAGAUUUCCAGUCAUUAAGCCCCUAGAUCUCCCGAUCCAUUUACUUACGGUACCCUCUUGAAUACAGUGCUCAAUUGAUGCUCACGGUGAACCCCUCACAACCGAAGCUCUGGAAGCUGCCAAAAAUGCAGAUGCUGUUCUCCUCGGCGCAAUCGGUGGUCCCAAAUGGGGAACCGGAAAAGUACGCCCUGAACAGGGAAUCCUCGCUCUCCGCAAACAAAUGGGCACAUAUGGAAACCUCCGUCCUUGUAAUUUUGCAUCACCUACAUUGACGGAAAUCUCUCCUUUGAAAGAAAAGGUCUGCGAGGGCGUCGAUUUCUGUAUCGUGCGAGAAUUGACCGGAGGUAUUUAUUUCGGAGAGAGAAAGGAGGAUGAAGGGGAUGGAAAGGCUUGGGAUACAGAACCAUAUUCCAGAGAGGAGAUUGAGCGUGUGACUAGAUUGGCUGCUAAUCUUGCACUUGCGCAAGAUCCACCAGCACCCGUGUGGAGUUUAGAUAAGGCAAAUGUUCUUGCGACUUCAAGGUUAUGGCGUAAAACCGUUACGGAUGUUAUGGCGGCGGAAUUCCCACAGCUGAAGAUUGGACAUCAUCUCAUUGAUAGUGCGGCAAUGUUGAUGGUGAAGGAUCCAAGAAAGUUGAACGGCAUUGUGGUAACGAGUAAUUUGUUUGGAGAUAUUAUUAGUGAUGAGGCUAGUGUGAUUCCGGGUAGUAUUGGACUUUUGCCAAGUGCAAGUUUGAGUGGUGUGCCGGAUGGAAAGAGCAGGUGUAAUGGUAUUUACGAGCCAAUUCACGGUAUGUUCCAUUUUGGCUUUCUCUUGUUAUUUUACCUUUUCCCCCUAUUUUCUUUCCAUAUCUAACAACCCUUCUAGGCUCCGCCCCGGACAUCAGUGGAAAAGGCAUCGUAAACCCCAUCGGUACCAUUCUCUCCGUCGCCAUGAUGCUUAAAUACUCUCUCAACCUCCCUGUCGAAGCCAAAGCCGUCGAAGAGGCCGUCCGCAGAACUAUCGAAAAGGGUGUCAGAACUGCCGAUAUUGGUGGUUCAAAUAAGACUGCCGAAGUAGGUGAUGCUGUAGUUGAGGAAUUGAAGAAGGUCUUGAAGGAGCUUUGAAUGCAUUCAAAAAAGAAAUCGAUCGGAUAUACUAGGUAUAGCUGGAGUUGCAAAAUCUGUCAUCAUACAGUUGGUCGUAGUCAUAUCAUGGUAAAAAUGAGAUAUUGACGAAUAGGAUGUUUUCCGUAAAGGGUACAAUUGCUUAUGGAGUUAAAAUGUACCUAUAGUUAGCAAUUAGCAGGUCAGAAAAUGGAGAUACUAAUUAAAGAUUGUAUCGGUUUAUACUUUUUCAAUGGCAUAGUGAUUAGCUAGGCUUUUCAGAAAUGCUUGUUAAGGGAAGGGAAGGAAAGAUAUAAUAAGUAAUGCCGUUAUUGUAAGAUGGCCAGUGGCAAUAACAAUGUACAUUUUCUCAUCCGCUCAAAUUUCCUAAAAUUGAUGCCCCUCGU